AGCAACCUCAGUGAUGGAAACCACAGAAGAGGGGAAGCUCAACAAUGUAGAACAUCUGACACUUAGGGACUUCCUUCAAAACCUAACUGAGAAGCAAUGGAGGGGGAUUCGUGAGGGCAUGUUUGACCCGCUGACAAAACAACAGCUUGCCGGCUUGUGUCUGAGGAUUGUCCAGUUUUUAUCGGACAAGCUGAUGCAGAUCAUCAUCCCAGGUCUUUACGAACUGCUGGGCAUCCAAGAUGCUGCCUCCUCUCCAUUGUCACAGAGAUCUCUCACAGCGUCACUCACCAGUCUGUUAGACGAUAAGACUAACACCAAGUCCCGCGUGAGAUUUACUGAGGCUGGUGUAUCUAAGAGGCCAGGCAGUCGAAAGUCUUACAAUAGCUUUCGCAUCCCGACUCCCUACCCUUCCUCCAACUGUAUGGAGCAGGAAGAGGAAGAAGAGCAGGAAUCACAACAACUUAAGUUCAAGGAGAUUUACCUGACUAAGGGCAGUGGAAGCUACCUGCCCAAGGGGGCCAUGAGGUAUGUUCUUAAAGGGAAAUUUAACAACUUCAUAUUCAUCUCCAGCAUCACCAUAUGUGAAAAUUACACAUUUCCAUGCUUUGUAGUAAAAAAAAAAAUAUAGAGGGACGUAACUGUUUCCAAUAGUGCUGAGAAAUUAGUGCUUUUUGAGGUUGGUUUGGUUUCGAUUAAAAUAUGUAAAAAAUUAUCACGGUUUUGGAUUUCAAUACUUUUUUUAGACAUUGAAUGCACUAUGGAUUAUGUGUGUUGAAUGCUGUAACAACACAUAAUAAAACAAUGAAUAAAAGUCCCAUGAUGGUAGUGACUGUCCAUUACUGUUUAUGACUUAUCAACCAUCAUUUACUUUCUCAUAUAAAAUAUUUAUUUGAU